AUGCAAGCGGAUUUAAUAUUGUUUCAGACCAUUCCCGAUAAUGACCAAAUAGCCGAUGAAAAAGCAUCAUCGACAUCCGAUUUGGAUUGUGCGGUGAGAAGCUACAGGCCUGACGACUUCGAAAUUGUUCGUCGCAUAGAAAUGGGUGACAUGGCUACCAUGCUGCUGGGCAACGUGGGACGAAUCGUGUUCUAUUUCUGUAUGGGGGUGUAUUUGUUCGGCGAUUUGGCCAUAUACGCGGCGGUCGUGCCGAAGUCAUUGAUGAACGCCAUUUGCACGUACACUCCGUUGAACCAGACGGGUAAUUUCUUCAACGUUUCUGGACAAGAGCCGUGCUGGCCAAAUGCCAACAAAGUUCUGACGCGAAUGACCGUCUACCGACUGUUAGUAAUUGUUUUCGCUAUAUUGAUUGGACCGUUCAAUUUUACUAACCUGUCAAGGACGAAAUACCUGCAGGUCAUAACGUCCGUGUUCCGUUGGAGCUCGUUUAUCGUGAUGAUCGUAUGGGCUGCUGUGAUUCUUGGUAUUUCCGGCGUCGACGGGAGUCCUGUAGCAGCGAACGGCAAUAAGUUCACGAAUUUAUUUGGCGUUAGUGUUUACGGGUUCAUGUGUCAUCACAGUCUGCCAGGAAUGGUUACUCCUAUGAAGAACAAGAGGCAUUUUUUUAUCUACAUGGUCGGCGUGUUCAUCGUAAUCUUUUUGUUCUACUCGCUGGUGUCGCUGACAGGGGCGUUUGCCUUCGCCGACGUCGACGACGUGUACACCUUGACGUUCUUCCACAUCGCGCUUCCGGCCGGACCGGUAGGCACUGUCCUGCGCAUCAUACAGUACGCGCUGUUGUUGUUUCCCGUGUUCACGAUUAGCGCCAAUUACCCGAUCAUUGGCAUAACGCUCCGCAACAAUCUGGACACCCUGAUAUUUGUUCGGCGGCCACCACAGCAACAGGUGAGCGGCAUCGACGGCGAAAACGAUCACGGAAUGUCCGCAGAGUCAGAACCAAGGGUCGACAAGGUCGGCGUGUCUACCGAGCAGUUGGUUGAACCGAGCGCUGACCCUCAACCCAGUAAGACCACGACGUUUUUGAGACGCAUUCUCCUGCCUUUGUUGAUCACCGUGCUACCUUUGAUCUUUUCGUUGCUCACCUACGACGUAACGCUGCUGGCCGCAAUUACCGGCAGCUACCCGGGCGUCGGCGUUCAGUACCUCCUCCCAUCGUGGCUCAGCCUGGCUGUUCGCAGAAAGAUGCAACGAGAUAUAAGCGUGGAUUUCCAACCGCCAUACGCUAGUCCUUUCAAAGGAUUCUUCUGGGUGUACCUUUCGUUCUUCUGGGCCGUAUGCACCGUCUGCAUCGUCACAGCGAAUUACAUUAUCCAGAGCGUCUCUUAA